AUGAACCCGUGGGAAUCCUGCGCGUUGCAGUAUCAAUUCUCCGAGGAGACGGAACAAAACUCCAAGGGCAAGACGACCUCAGGAUGGAGGCAACCCUCUGCCGCCGCCGACCCCGUCAUGUACCCCGGCCUCUACGCUCCUAGUGGGUUCGACAUGAUGAGCAUUCUCUACCAGCUCCGCGUUGCCGGCAGACCCAACCCACAAGUGCAACUCGGUGCUAUCGACUGUUCCGUUGCCCUGCUCCUCUGCGACCUGGAGCAACCCGACUGCCCCAUCGUAUACGCUUCCGAGCACUUCAGCCUGCUUACCGGCUACUCCAACAAGGAAAUCAUGGGCAAGAACUGCCGCUUCCUUCAGGCACCUGGGGGCAAGGUACGAAAGGAGUCAUCACGCAAGCACGUCGACAAGUCCACCAUCAAGAAGAUGAAGAAGGCUGUAGAGGCGAACACCGAGGUUCAGCUCGAGGUACUCAACUUCAAGAAGGACGGCACUCCGUUUGUCAACAUCCUCACAAUGAUCCCCGUCCGAUGGGAUUCCCCCGGCUUCCGGUACUCUGUCGGCUUCCAGGUGGAGCGGGAGGACUGA